AUGGCAGCCGGCGACUCGAGCCGGGUUCAAGAAGCGCAGAAGCUUGCAAAGACAGACCCCAGAAAGGCCGAGGCUAUCUACAAAGAGAUAGUGUCCCAGGCUCCGGCCGCGACUUCAGAUGCGGCAACGCGCGAGUACGAGCAAGCUUUAAUCAGCCUGGGAGAACUGUACAAGGAUGAGAAGAAGUCACAAGAGCUGGUCGAGCUCGUACGACAGAGUCGCUCGGUUCUAUCCUCAUUUGCUAAGGCAAAGUCGUCAAAGCUCAUCCGUCAACUUCUCGACCUGUUUAAGGAGAUUCCGAAUAGCACCGAUAUCGAAGUCGCCGUCACAAAAGACUGUAUCGAAUGGGCUACGGCCGAACGAAGAGCCUUCCAGCGCCAGGAUCUCGAAGUCCGCCUAGUUGCUCUACAAAUGACCAAGCAGUCCUACUAUGAGGCUCUCACUCUGAUCAAUGGACUUCUUCGCGAGCUAAAGCGCCUGGAUGACAAGCUGCGUCUAGUCGAGGUCCAGCUUCUGGAGUCUCGCGUCUACCACGCACUCGGCAACAUCCCCAAGGCCCGUGCCGCCCUCACGAGUGCACGCACGAGCGCAGCCAGCGUCUACACUCCGCCGCUGCUGCAGGCCAACCUCGAUAUGCAGAGCGGCAUGCUUCAUGCGGAAGAUAAGGACUUCAACACUGCCUUCUCCUACUUUAUCGAGGCUCUGGACGGCUAUCACUCCCAGGAUGAGGGCCACAAGGCUCAGGCCGCCCUGCAGUACAUGCUUCUCUGCAAGAUUAUGCUGAACCUCGUCGACGAUGUCAAUCAGCUCAUGACGUCGAAGCAGGCUGUCAAGUACGCCGGCCAGAACCUCGAGGCCAUGAAGGCGAUUGCACGUGCUCACGGCAACCGCUCCCUCGAGGAGUAUGAGCGCGCCCUCUCUACCUACCGCUACGAGCUCGGCAGCGACGCGUUCAUCCGCAACCAUCUCCGCCGUCUCUACGAUGCCAUGCUGGAGCAGAAUCUCAUCAAGGUCAUUGAGCCAUUCUCGCGUGUCGAGAUUGACCACAUUGCCAAAAUGGUCGGCCUCGACACCCAGCAGGUCGAGCGCAAGCUAUCGCAGAUGAUUUUGGACAAGGUCAUCAUUGGUGUUUUGGACCAAGGUGCUGGCUGCCUCAUCAUUUAUGAUGAGACGCACCGCGAUCAGUCGUAUGACGCAGCUCUCUCAACUAUUGACAAGCUCAGUAAUGUUGUUGAUGUUCUAUACACUAACCAAGCUUCUUUGCUGGAGUAA